AUGCUGCAAGACUGGGUCACUGGCGCCGAUGCAAUCACGCAGCGCAUCCAGAAUUGCACAGCCUUGGCCGAUGUCUACAGAACCUACUGCCUGCAGCUGGAAGGUUCCGAAGUGAAUGUGGCUCGCGUGAAGAAUCUGCGCGCAAGCAAGGACAGGUUUGCAUCCUAUCAGCAGCCACUCUCAAGGGCUGUUUUGACGUUUGAUGCCCUCCUCAACACCCUGGUAUGGGCCAUCACCAAUCGUGACGGGGCCGAGAAGCAGCGGUACAUGCGGUCGUUGAGGAGCCUGGACGAGGAAGUUCUGGUGUUGAUGGCGAUGUGCGCUGACAUUGCAGACGAAAAUCUGCGUGUGCUCCGCGUUAUCGACAGUGAGGAGUUCGAUGCAGCAGAAUUUCCUCAGGAGCUGACCUUCCUGGUGGACCGCCUUCAUUUCCUCAUCAACAGAGGUGGCGUCCUCGAGACCGGGUACACGGCCUACAUGCUUGCGUACUUGGAGCAGCCACGAGGCAUCUUGCUCGGGAAUGAUGCUCGCACCAUCGGCGGUGCCGCACGGAUCACACCCGCGCUUCUGCAGAGAUGCUGUGAGAUCAUGCAGACGUACGUUGUCCUUGCCCUUCAGACUAUGCACGCUGAGUUCCCAGACUACGAUCUCAUGCAAGCCUUCGGCGUUUUUAACCUGCGCCCGGCAUGCCGAGGUGACAACUUGGAUCAUGUUGUUUGGACGGAGCGCAAGCAGAAAGAUCUGGACAGGCUGUCAAUGUACGCCGGGCAGGACCCUGGCAGGGUGCGAGCGCAGUUCUGCGAUUUGGAGCCAGCUGCCCGGUAUGAGCAAGCCCAGACAGGAUGCUCCAGCUUCGAGGCCUGGAAGACGGUUGCUCUACGCUUCCAGUGUGGCAAAAAAAGUGUGUGCCAACGCCAUCCAGUGGAUGCACUUUUCCCUGUGCUCAUCAAAUACGGGGCGUACAGUGGGGCCACAACCUCUGGAGUGGAGCAGUCUUUUUCAGUGCUCCAACGCUUCCAGCCUGCAGAAAGGAAGCACAUGCUGGAUGCCACAGCUCUGGAUGAGGCGUGCCUGAUGCUCCUCCCAGAUGACCCCGUCCUGCACGCUCGUCUCUGUGACCGUGCUGUCCAGAUAUGGGCAGACCACCUGGGCGCGCCCCGCGAACGUAGCAAAGUUCGCGUGGACAAAGGCAUUCGCAGAGGGCCCAUGGUUGCUGCCCCUGGCGAGCCGAUGACGGAGACUGCAUUCAUCAAGAAGAGGCGCAGGGACGUUGCUGGAAAGGCCACCUCCGCAACUGCAUCUGAGGCCAUUGAGGCCGCUCGUCUCAGCAGCUACUCAGACGGCCGCAUGGAAAUCCUUGAAGAAGAAGGUUUUCAGUGCUCCAAGGGCUAUACCAACAAGAUUCAAGCGUACCUGUCCAACACCUUGCUGGAGAGCGAGAUUGACGAGGAUUUGCGUGAGGCCGCUACCGCGGCCAAGCUGCAUCAAGAGGACCUGGACAAGGAGCGGACCAGGAAAGAAGACCGUUUGGCAGAGAAGUUGCGACCCAAACACAUCAAUAUGCAGUCACAACGCUUCCAUUUGCAAGACGAUGCGUGGAUCGCUGACCCGAAGAUUGCCCGCCGCAACUGCGUGGCUGACCUAGUGGAUGCACGGGCGUUCGUUGUCAGGGAUCCGGGCAACCCGCCGGACGGGACUGUGUUCCUGUCCGAUGCCUUUCGGCACGAAGAGCCUGAGCUGUUCAACAUUGUGAAGGAUGUGGCAGCUUUGCCGCAGUCCAAGUGGAGGGUCAUCCGCGAUAUGGAACUGUUUGUGGAUAG